AUGUUGAAUAUGGUGGAAGACAAAUACAUUGGCCUGGCAUUGGCCAUAACCUCUACUCUUGCAAUAGGGACGAGUUUUGUCAUUACGAAAAAGGGCCUGAUAGAUGCAGAGCGAAGACAUGGCUUUGAAGGAGAGGGGUUUACAUAUCUCAAGAGUCCCAUAUGGUGGGCUGGCAUAAUAGCUCUCAUUAUCGGAGAAAUUGCGAAUUUUGCGGCCUACGCCUUUGCACCGGCAAUUCUAGUGACGCCUCUAGGGGCGCUCAGCGUUUUGAUCGGCGCAGUAUUAGGGUCAUACUUCUUGGAUGAAGAAUUAGGGACGUUGGGGAAGUUGGGUUGCGCGAUCUGCUUGAUCGGAUCAAUCAUAAUCAUCCUACAUGCCCCUCCGGACAAGGAAAUUCAGACUAUCGACGAGAUUCUCCAUUAUGCAAUUCAGCCGGGGUUCCUACUGUUUUCCCUGGUUGUCGCAGUCUUCUCCGUUGUUAUGAUAUACAGAGUUGCACCCAAGUACGGAAAGAAGAACCCGCUGAUCUACCUAUCAAUAUGCUCGACUGUUGGUUCGGUGUCAGUCAUGUCAGUCAAGGCAUUUGGAAUUGCCGUAAAAUUGACAUUUGCGGGAAACAAUCAGUUCACGCAUCCUUCGACCUACGUUUUCAUUAUCCUAACCACCAUCUGCAUUCUUACGCAGAUGAAUUAUUUCAACAAGGCGCUCAGCCAGUUCCCAACCUCAAUCGUUAACCCAUUAUACUAUGUUACUUUUACAACUGCCACGCUUUGCGCCUCAUUCAUCCUCUACGGCGGAUUUAAUACCUCGGACGCAGUUAACACCAUUUCCCUCCUUACAGGAUUCUUGGUAAUUUUCACUGGAGUAUACCUCCUUAAUCUUUCACGCGGAGACCCUAAUGGGCAUAUGAUGAUUAAUGGCACUGCACAUGAUGGCAUUGCCACCGACGGAAUUUCUGGUUUACAGACAAGAAGGAGCAUGCAAUCCCGGAGAAGCGUGGACCCUCAUCGAAUGAGUGUGGGCAGUGCCGGAUUUGGCAGAGGGGGCGAUAGAGAAGGACUCAUCCGCGCAUACGACGAGGAAGAAAAUACAGGGUUCGGUCUGGCUGACUUGGCAGAAGACAGCGACGACGAACAUCAUUUGGGGCAUUCAAAUGGGAAGGUCUACAGUAAUGGGAACGGGAGCAAGAGGAGUUUCGCAGACCCAGUAGAGCAAGAGCGCUCAUUGUCGAGAAAGGCCUCACCGUUACCUCGGUGA